AUGUGAAAACAAAAGUGUUUUAAGUUUUUUUUUUUAAAAAAAAGAUGAGGUACAAUUUAGUAAAACCUAUUUAGAAAUUGGAUUAUGUGUAGAUUCAAUAAACCUUCAAUUCAAUAAUUUGGAUACAUAUUUUGGUUUCAAGUUUUGAUUCAAAUGCAGAUGUUAGUAACAAGUGGGCUUAGCGAUGGGUUGAUCCUACCAAGGAACGCAAGCCUGACACUAAGUACAACCCAUAACCAUCUUUAAAAGUUUAAUUAAUACAAACAAAUCAAUUGCUAUAUUGCCUACACAAAUGAAUUAAGCUAUUUUAUAUCAUUGAAAAACAUUUUUUUCAAUAAAAAUUGUCAAACCAACAAAUCAUGGUAUUUAUAAAGUUUGGAAAAAUUGUAUUGUAUGGGACUCAAGCUGUUGGAGUAUAUAUAAAUCUAAAACCAACAAUUCGAGAAGAAUGAUUUAUUUAUAUUUUUGGUUCAUUGAGAUCAAAGACAACGACAUAAAAUGCAACACCAUAUCACUGAUUCACUGUACAAUAAUUUGGGUUAGUAUAAUAUUAUAAAAUCUCUUAAACUGUUAAAAUAAUAUGUUUAUAGCCAAAAUAUAUUUAUAAAUUAUGCGUUGACCUCAAACAACCUCUAUAUAUCAUGCAGGCCGUAUUCUAAAGUACAAUAUAUCUUGAUCAUGAACAAGUCUUGAAAGCAUAGUUGUAAUUUGUAAGCUGAUACACCCAGAUGCCAUGUACCUAAAAGUAGGUACGGUACAUUCAAAGCUAUUUUUAUCGCUCUUUAACUCAUAAUGCUAAAUGAGUUUUUAGUAGAAAAAGAUCAGCGAGUAAGACAAUUUUAGAUGCGCUUAUUUAUCAUGUUAUAGGUACAUCCAAAUAUUUAAGUUAUAAUAACGUCAUCCGUCCAACACAAUGGAGUCAUAAAGAGCAGUUAAUCAAACCAAGAUGACUUAAAAUGCAGGUCAAAAUGUAGGUGAAAACAGGAAUAAUACAAAAAAUUAAUUGAAGAAUUAUGUUAAAAUUAGGAGGGAUAAUAUGUAACAAAAAAUGAAAUAAAAUGAUGCCAAAUAGUCAUAAAGGAUUGAGGAUUUGGAAGACUAAAAAUGGGAAAUGCACAGCAAAGUCUACAACUGGCACCAUUAAAUUUCUUACAUGCAAACAUCUCUUCCAACUGUUUGGUAUGUUAGCAGUUUUAGGAGCAGAUUUCGGAGACAUUUAGAUGGGUUUUGUUCAAUCCUUUGGUCCAAACACAGAAAUUAUCAGAGGAUAGGAGAGAGAGAGAAGAGUAAAAUAAAUUAAAUAAAAUAAUUAAUAAGUAAAAAUAAAUUAAAAAAAUCCCACAAAAAUAGACAUAGAAAAUACAGAGCCGGCCAUUGGCUCCAUUUUUUCACAUUUUUUUUUGACAACAAACAUCAUAUUGCAUUUUUCACACCAGAAUAUUCAACCCCAUGUCUUAAAAUCAUUAAUUUAUAUCAAAGUUCCAAUCUUUUUUGAAUAUUUUGAUGAUUCAGUUAUGUGGGUAUGUCAAAGUUUCAAUCUUUGAGACAAUGUGAGUUGUUAUGAUUAAGAGGCAAAAAGAAGGGGAAAAAAGAUUGCAGUUUUAUUUUUUCUUAGAAUUUUUUUGAGGAAAUUAUUUAAUGAAGGAUGGAGAUUAGAUGAUGGAAAGGGAGAAGAGAAAACAGGGGAUUAAGGAAUGAGCUGAGAUUAGGUAGGAAGAGGAAAAAGGAAGAUAAUGAGCAAAGAUUUUGCUGGUAUCUUCAAGUUCAAGGUAAAGAAAUCAACCGCAGUAGCAGCAAGAAGAACAAAAACCAACAGCAUCUUUGCAUCAAUGUCUGUUGCCCACGUGGACGACGAAGACCUCGCCGCCACAGGACCCGGGUCAAGAGCCGGGCCCGGGGAGGCGUACCGAGCUGAGACGGUGUUCACCAAUGGGGAUUUCUAUACAGGGCAGUGGAUUGAUAACCUCCCCCAUGGUAAUGGAAAGUAUUUGUGGAAUGAUGGUUGUAUGUAUGUAGGAGAAUGGCAAAAAGGUAAAGCAAUGGGUAAGGGUAGGUUCACUUGGCCUUCAGGAGCAACCUAUGAAGGGGAAUUCAAAAGAGGUUAUAUGGAUGGAAUAGGAACUUAUACUAGUGCAAAUGAGAAUUCAUACAAAGGAUUUUGGUCAAUGAAUACGAAACACGGGAAAGGUUCCGAACACUUUGCAAAUGGAGAUUACUAUGAAGGGGAAUGGAUAAAGGGAAUGCAAGAAGGUCAAGGGAAAUAUCAAUGGGUGAAUGGGAAUUGUUAUGUAGGUCAAUGGAAAAAUGGAGUUUUUCAUGGUAAUGGUACUUUAAAUUUUGCUAAUGGGAAUGUUUUUGAAGGGUGUUGGGAGGAAGGGUAUCCUAAGGGGGAAGGUACUUACAAAUGGGAAAAUGGAAGUUGUUAUGUUGGUGUUUGGAGUAUUGAACCUAGUGAGCAAAGUGUCACCUAUUACGCGGCAAGUAAUGCAUCCGAUACUGGAGAAGGUGAAUGGGAUCCUCAAGAUUUGUUUAAUGUUGAUAUGAAUGAAUGCAAGAUUUACCCAGGAGAGGAGAUUACCAUGUUUCCAUCACAGAAGGUAGUCAACUGGCCUAGUUUCAAUGGAAAGACAACGAGGAAGUUGGUUGAUAGUAGGGCCUCGAAAGCAGGUUGGGAAUAUGAUCAAGAUAGUUCUCCUAAUGGUUUGAAUAGGAGAACUGGAGAGCGUUUGGAAAAUUCCAUGCCACGGAACUUUCGACCUAUUCUACUCCCUAAGACAAUCAAGAAGCAAGGCGAGACUAUCUGUAGGGGGCAUAAAAAUUAUGAGUUGAUGCUCAGCUUGCAGCUAGGAAUAAGACAUUCUGUGGGAAGACCUGGGCCACCAAUAAAGCGUGACCUGAAGUCUUCGGCUUUUGAUCCCAAGGAAAAAGUUUGGACGAAAUUCCCACCAGAAGGUUCCAAGCACACUCCUCCCCAUCCAUCUUGUGAUUUCAAAUGGAAGGAUUACUGUCCUUUGGUUUUCAGGACCCUAAGGACACUGUUCAAAGUGGAUGCAGCUGACUAUAUGUUAUCAAUUUGUGGCAAUGAUGCCCUUCGGGAGCUUUCAUCUCCGGGAAAAAGUGGAAGCUUCUUUUACUUAACCCACGAUGACAAGUAUAUGAUUAAGACGAUGAAGAAAUCCGAAGUAAAAGUGCUCCUUAGGAUGCUUCGAGCUUAUUAUAACCAUGUUCGCACUUUUGAAGACACUUUAGUAACCAGGUUUUAUGGUCUUCACUGUGUGAAGUUGACAGGAGCAACACAGAAGAAAGUUCGAUUUGUUAUAAUGGGAAACCUCUUUUGUACUGACUAUGCCAUUCACCGGCGGUUUGAUUUGAAAGGCUCUUCGCAUGGGCGUACAACAGAUAAACCCGAGUCAGAAAUUGACCCAACCACCACCCUCAAAGAUUUAGAUCUUAAUUAUAUCUUCCGAUUACAGAGGUUUUGGUUCCAAGAGUUCUGCAGGCAAGUAGACAGGGACUGCGACUUCCUCGAGCAGGAGAGGAUUAUGGAUUAUAGUCUUUUAGUUGGUUUACACUUUCGAGAUUCUUGUGCAAAAACUUCAGAAGGAAAAGGAGAAAGUAAUAGUGACCUGAUAGCGCCUCGGCUUUCUAAAGUAAACGAAACAGAUAAACUAGUUUUUGAUCCUAACCAGUGGGCAUCGAUUCGAUUAGGGAUCAACAUGCCAGCACGAGCAGAAUUGACAAUACGAAAAUCAGAAGAUGGUGAAUUUCAGGUAGUAGAACCAACAGGAGAGUGCUAUGAUGUUAUCAUCUUCUUUGGAAUAAUUGACAUUCUACAAGACUACGAUAUCAGCAAAAAGCUAGAGCAUGCAUAUAAGGCUUUCCAAUAUGAUUCCACUUCUAUUUCUGCUGUUGAUCCUAGGCAGUACUCAAAACGUUUCCGAGAUUUCAUUUACAAGGUAUUUGCAGAAGAUGGGUAAUGGAGAUCAACAUUCAUUCCACAAAAUUUCAGUUUUCAGCCAGAUGCUCGUUUUACAGCCAGGAUUUUCAUUGUAUCAGAAUUUAAGCAGGCAAUUCUGGCAAUCAGAGCAGGCAGCCAGGCAGCAUUCGGCAAGAACAACACUUUAGGACUCAUUCCCAUGACAAAUUGUUUUAGUGAAAAAAAGGUAUAGAUUUAACCAAAAAAAAAGGAAAAAUAGAAGCUGCUCCUCAAAGAUUAUUUAACUGUAAAUUACAUCUCCUAAAACUCGAAAGAUAAACAGAUUGGUUAGGCUGAUUCUUCUUACAACUCAAAAUUUCAUUUUAUUUUUUCUUUUGGUCCCAGAAAAAUGAAGAACUUGGGGGUCAAAUUUACUAGUUGGUAAUUGUACAGAAUUCAUUGAGGUAAACUUUUUGGUAGUAUAAUUUAUCUAACAGGGAAACGAUAUUCUUACAGUUUUCUUUGUGGUUAUAGCUUGUAUUUUGUGGUUAGAUAUAAUUAGGAGCACAUUCUAAGUCGAAUUUGCCAUAUGACUGCUAAUCUUAUCAUAAUGCUCUCCCAUUACAUGGAAAAUGAAUUCAUGGCAAAAUCACGCAUCCAAUCAACCAAAACAGUAAAGAACAAUACAAGGUGUUCAAAACACCUAAAACACCAAAACGACAAACACAACCUAUAAGUUUCACAUAAU